CAUCCAGUCCCCGGUGCUUGCUGCUGCUAUAUUUUAAUGCUUGCUUUUUGCUUUUCAGGCCAGAUUUAUGUGUGAUCAAUAUAUUAUUGACAUUAAGAAUAAAAUCCCUUUCAUCAUAUAAACACAAAAUUGCAUUUGAGCCCCUGAUUAUACUCUUAAGCAACGUGAGCAGCACCACUUUCGGUUUCACUUUUUCGUUUUGGAGAAAAAGAGAAGAAAAUAGUUAUGGCUUCCUGCAGCAGUCUCCUGACUGAAGACCUUCAGUGUUCAGUUUGUCUGGAAGUGUUCACUGAUCCAGUUACAACCCCGUGUGGACACAACUUCUGCAAAAACUGCCUGACAACAAGCUGGGAAAACACGGACCGUUACCAGUGCCCGCUCUGCAAAGAAACUUUCUACAAGAAACCUAAUCUUAAAAUCAACACAUCAUUCAGGGAUAUUGCAGAGCAGUUUAAAAAGAUUACAUUUAAUUCUUUAACAGAAAAGAUCAGAUGUGAUGUUUGUAAACAUAGAAAAGCCCUAAAAUCCUGUCUGGAUUGUUGCGGCACGUUCUGUGACGUUCAUCUGGAGCCACAUUACUCUAUACCGAUGCUCAAGAAGCACAAACUGAUCAACCCUGUUGAGAAUCUUCAGGAAUACAUCUGCCAAAAACACGAAAGACCUCUGGAGAUGUUUUGUAAAGAUGACCAAACCUAUAUCUGUCUGCUUUGUGCCAGAGACCACAUGACCCACAACACUGUUCCUAUAGAGCAAAAAACUGGAGAGAGAAAGAAUCAGCUGAGGAGAGCACAGGAAAAGCUACAAAAGAUGAUACAGAGUAGAACACAGAAGAUUCAAGAGAUCAAACACUCAUUAGACCUCAGAAAAAAGAACACAGAGAAAGAGAAAAUAGAUUGUGUUGAGCUCUUCACUGCAUUGAUCCACUCCAUUGAGAGAUGUCAGUCUGAGCUGCUGGAGGUGAUGGACCAGAAGCAGAAAACAGCAGAGACUCAUGCUGAAGAUCUCAUUAAAGAGCUGGAGCAGGAAAUCAAUGAGCUAAAGUUGAGAGACACCGAGCUGGAGAACCUCUCACAUACUAAAAAUCACAUCCACCUCCUACAUACCUCUAGGCCUUUAAACAGCAGGAACUGGACUCGGAUCAGUUUUAACACUCAUCAGAGCAUGAAGACUAUGUGGAAAGCUUUGGCCCAACUGCAGGAGACUCUAAAUGAGAAACUGAAUCAUACUGUACUAAAGGGGAUGCAGCAGUAUGCAGUGGAUGUGACUCUGGAUCCUGAUACAGCUCAUCAUGAACUCAUCCUGUCUCAUGAUGGAAAACAAGUGAGACAUGAAAACAUACAGCAGAAUCUCCCUGACAAUCCAGAGAGGUUUGACGACUGUCUGAGUGUUCUGGGGAAAGAGGGAUUCACCACUGGAAGAUUUUAUUAUGAGGUGCACGUCACAGGAAAGACCAAGUGGAAUUUAGGAGUCGUGAGAGAGUCCAUUAACAGGAAAGGGGAUGUCAUUAUAAGUCCUGAAAAUGGAUAUUGGGUUCUGUGCCUGAGAGAUGGCGGGGAUUAUUGGGUGGUUGCUAAUCCCUCUGUUUAUCUUUCUCUGAGAGUAAAGCCGCAGAAAGUGGGUGUAUUUGUGGAUUAUGAGGAGGGUCUAGUCUCCUUUUAUGAUGUGGACUCCGGGUCUCAUGUAUACCUUUACACUGGUCAAUCUUUCUCAGAUAAGCUCCUUCCAUAUUUUUGUCCAUGUAAUAAUGACGAAGGUGCUAAUUUUUCUCCAAUGAUUAUUCCUCCUAUUAAACACUUGAAAUAAUUGUAAUAGACUAGAACUUGAUAAUGAUACACAAAUAUAUCUAUUUUUUAUUUGAUAAGAAUGUCUUUUCUUGUCCUUAAAGAUUUAUUACUUGGAAAAUUUUGAUUCAUUAUUAAUCCAUUUAAAAUGCAAAUAUUAGGGAUAUUGGUUUGUAGUAUCUUUUAAUUCUGCUCUGAAAUAAGCUAAAUCUUCUUUAUAUCUCUUUAAAUUCUUUCCUUUGUAUUAUUAUAAUUAUUACUAGUAUUAAUGGUUUAAGUUGCUUGGACAAAAUAUCAUGUUAAAUGACACAUCGGAAUUAGCUAGCAGUUCUGAAUCAUGUAUUAUGUGGGCGCCAAGUCCAGCGUAUAUCGGCAUGAUGAUCUCUGGUUUAGCCAGUGCCAAAGUGGAAGAGUGGUGAGGUUUAAAUUCAGUCUGGGAUAAGUGGUAUCUUCAUCUAUUUUGUUACGAUCUCUAGAAUAGAAGCAAGAUAUAAUGCGUAUGGGUCAUUUUGCAAUUGGGGUGGCAAGUAAGAGGCAGAAUUUUGUAAAAAAAAAAAAAGCUAAUUUAAUUUUAUUGUUAUGCAUUAAACAUAUGCUUAAUGUAUAUAUGCAUUAUAGCAUUAUAUGUUUAAUAUGCUAUAUCCCGUUCAAUAAAAACUGAAGAACAUUUUUCAUUUUGUAUAUUUUGUGGAAUACCAACACCAAAGACAAAUCAGCACAUAUACAUUAUAAUGAUUUUAAGAUCAGGGGACAUUUUGAAAAUGUACUGUAUUUAUCAAAAUUUUUAUUAAAAUAUGUCAAAUCUGCAAGUUGACACCAUACCACAGAAUUAAGUGCAACACAACAUUUUUCGUACAAAGUUGUACAUUUGUGAAUUGUGUUUUUCGUUUGGAAACCUAUUUCAUGAAUAUGUAU